AUGUGGAAUUUACAUCUAGCGAAGGGUGGAGCUCAUACGUAUUCUUGGGGAUCGAGACUUGCCAACCUUGAGCUUCAAUGUUUUAUAAAACCUCUUUCUCAUCGUGAACUCGGCCAAUUGAUAUUAGAAACACCGAGUAGCAAAAGGAACGUGGUUCUUGCAUGCACACCGCCAGCGUCAGCCGGUUUUCCGACGAAACUAUCCGAAAGCGCGGGCCGGUUAGCGUACCUUGCAGGAAGGAAACAUGUCAGACUGAAAUAUAAGACAAAGUACAAGUGCAGGGGAAAUCAUCACAACAUCUUGGAGUUGAAAAGCCGAAAACAAUUGCUCAUAACUCUUCAGUACUCUCCUGAUGUAUUUAGAAAUCUCAACCGGGUGUUACACGGAGACUUGGCCUCGGCUGAUCGCCAGAGCCGCUAUUAUGGUACGGGACUGGAACGUCGCCGGAAGAAACACCAAUAUCAAUUCAAAAUCACGCGACUAACUAUCACAUACGCCAAGCACUGCGAACCACGAUGA